AUAUAAAGAUCUUAUUCUAUUAACUCAAGAUUUAGAGCCUAUAGAAGAUGAUGGACUUGAUGAGAUAUGUGAGUUAGCAGAUGAAAAUAAACUAUAUAUAGAUAUGUUAACAGAACAAGAUAAACAAUUAAAUGUUGAAACCGAUAAAGAGCUUGCUAAAGCACUUCAAGAAUAUAAAGAAAGUGAUAAUAAUACUACUGAUAAUAUUAUUCUUGAGGAAUUUAAUAAACCAUGA